UACGACAUGUGACAGGACGAAAAAUAAACAAGAUGGUUUACGUGUCACAAGGUAAUGUGAUGGAAUCACAGUCACCAUGGAGACUGUCCUAUAUUCCAGAAAUGUUUUGGGGGAUAGUCAACUUUAUUGUUCUGUUCUUCCAGACAUUAGUGUCACCUAAUUUGACAAAGAAGGGAAAUUCUUAUACAUCAGAUUACCGCUCAGGACAGGGUCCCCCACAACCACCAAGGAGAAGAAUGGGUGGAUUUAGAGGUGGAGGAGGAGGUCCGAGUGCUCCGCCAAUGGGUGGAGGAGGAUGAGGAAGGUAAACACUCUGCUCUGUUGAAUCCCAAGUUGGAAUCCAGACCGAGUGUAUACCACCAUAUAAGGUUACAUGGAGCAGACACAGAUAAUCAAAGAUGGCAAGGAUGAAAUUUUCCUGAUCCUUAGGGGCAGAUAUCUUCAUGAGACCACAUCUCAGAGAACCUAUACAGAUGUAUUUACAAACCAUUAAUACACUUCUAGAGUCUUUCUGCAGGACAGCACACAUAGAUUCUCAUAACAUCCACAGGAGGAAAUUUUCACAGGCUCUUAAGAGGAUCCACACACAAAAUAUCGAUUCCCUGAUGAGGACAUUUUACAGACUAUCAGAAUGACCUUCCAACAGAUAGAGGAAGCCUUCAGGAAGAUAUCUCUCAGAUAGAGAAGGACCAGUAUCUCUUCUGAUACAACCUCAAGAGAACAUCUCUAAUGAUUAAACAUGUGGAUUGUCCUUACAUACUCUCUAAAUUAAGUAUUAACAAUUAAAGCAUAAUGACAAAGGCAGGACUUCUGAAAGACCUGGACAAUACUGUGUGGAUUAAUUGUUUUUUCUUUUACAAGUAUCUAUACAUUGUAACUAACAGAAGAAAUUGAAACUUUAAUACAGAAUAGGAAUGCUUUAUCUUAAAGAAUUGGAUAUUGAUCAAGUAAUAUAUAUGUUGAUCUGCUCUGCUCCAUGUGAUUGUAUAUACAAGAGUGCUUAGACUACAAAGUUGUUUGAGAGACAGCAGUAUGACGAAAAUCUUGUAAACUUCUCAAGAAGUAAAGAGUUUCAGAUUUUUUGUAGCUUAUGCACUGGUAAAUUAUUAAUGUAUUGUUUCCAAACAAUGCUUUCUAUUGUUUUAUUUUUAUUACACCAGAUUGCCAUAAAAUUUCAAAUAUUGUUUGAAUGAUUUAUCUUGAGAGCUGGAAUUAGAUAUGAUAUCAAUAUAUCAGUAUAAAAAUUUUAAGGUAUAUAUCUUUCAAAAAUGAAAUGUGUGUCAAGAUGAACUUCACAGUAAUCUAAGCUUGCUCUUCUGGGUAUGAUGGAAAUGUUUUGGAUUCAAGAAAUUUUGAUUUAAAGAAUUUCUAUAUUUCCAUGUAAAUGCUUUAAUAUUUUCUACCUUUUAAUGAAUGGAAUUUAAUGAAACUAUUUUAAUAGUGGAAUUUCAAUGAAAACAUAAAAACUAUGGAAAGAAUCAUCUUGUAUAAAAGUGAUGUUGAGAAAGUUUUUGCAUUAAAUUCACUCAAAAAAAAAAAAAAAAAAUGAAAAAAAAUCAUAUUUCUGUUUUCAUUGAGAUGUGUGUAGCCAGAGAAUGAAAGUAGAUGGAUGUGUAUUGCAAUUUUAAUUACAUAUGAAUGUUACAUAAAUCACAAAACCUUUUAAGAAUUUACAGUACAGAUGUGAGUGUUUCAUUAAGAGAUGUUUUAAAAAUGACUUAUGUACAAGAAAACAUUUUACCAGUCAUCGGUAAAAAUCAUAUUUAUCAUAUACGUUGUAUGAAUGUUUAUUUCAAAUCAUUUAAAACUUCUUGUCUUUGUGUUUCUGUGUGUUGUUACUCUAUCAGUUAAAUGUGAUAAAUGAGGUUACAGUUUCAUAUACUACCAGGCACAUUGUGUAAUUAAAUUUCCUGAUAUAUAAAAUAAUUAUUGACCUUUCUAGAAUUGUGAAUUAAUUUGGAAGUGUAGGAAAAAGGUAAUUACAAGUACAGUUGUAUUUUGUAUUUAAUCAGUUUAACUAUCGAAGUCUUUAAUAUUUCAGCAUUGACAGCUAGUCUGGUGUUCUUUGAAAUAUACUCAAAAGUAAUGUAAUAUAUUCCCUACAUGUUUAUGUCUUGUAUGUUACAAUGGAUAAAAAGAAUCCCCGUAGACUUGCGCAAUAGAUAUCUUAUUUGUUUGAUCUGAAAGUGUCCCUGUUUCCAUUUAUCAAUAAAAUAUGUUGAACAUUU